ACUGAACAGGCUAGUCUGUGACAGCAUAUAACGUGCAUACAUUGAGCCUCCUUUACCCACAGCGAUACUCAUGUGAUUCUGUAAUGUUUCUUUACAGGAAAUGAAAGUUGUGAUGCUUGAGGAGCUGGCAACUCAUUUCAAAAUCAGGACCCAGGACUGCAUUGACAGGAUUCAAGACCUUCAAAAAGAGGGACAACUCACUGGUGUGAUUGAUGAUAGAGGCAAAUUUAUCUACAUCACCGUGGAAGAACUCGAGUCGGUUGCAAAGUUUAUCAAACAGAAUGGCCGUGUGUCCAUCCGGGAACUUGCAGAAUCGAGCAACCUGCUUAUUAACUUGAACCCGGAUAAUACGGAUAUUCGCAAGAAACUAAUUGUUGGGGAUGCUGAUAUAGAUAUGAUAGAAGUGACUGAAUGAGCAAGGAGUGCUCAUGAUUUGUUUUGCUGGAGAGGGUCGGGACUAGAUAGAGAACAGGGUGGUGCAGAUGGGGUCAGUUUGGAUGCAGUCGUGGGGCUUAAUCCUUUACCACUUAGAUGCGUAUUUUGGCGCAUUUGUAGUCACUUAGAAAGUUACAUUUAAUUAAAUACCUGUCUUACUAGAUUCAGGUUUUAAAGGCUUCAUUUUCAGCCCUUGGAUACUGAUGAGCAUCAAACAGCAUAAAACCUGAACAGACUGCGAGUUUCUCGCAGGCUGUUCUGGUUUUAUGCUGUUUGCGCAUAGCUGUUUUCACUUUGCUUAUAAGUUGGAAAAGGUUAAAACAAAAGAAGAAGAACUUGUGCACAAAGUUUCAGUUAAACAUAAAUCAUAACAUAAAAUUUCAGUUAAACAUAUAUCAUAACAUAUAAUGUAAUACGUGACUUUUAGAGAAAAACACUAUGUUUAUCCAUUAUCUAGUCCGUCACCAAUAUGUUUGUGUGAUACUAGUGACGCAUUUCGUCUUUUAGCAUGUUAAUUUUUUUGUAAACAAAGCAUUAGCUAGUAUACGUCAACCAUGUUUGUGUGAUACUUGUGACAUUUUAAUUCUGAUGGUUUAAAAAAAGAGACUAAAAACGGACAUAAAGGAAAA